UCUGAUGAUUUUGAUACAACCGUCAGACUUUCACCCUGUUUUCAGAAGACAAUGCUAGAGACUCCAGAGUGAGAUUAUCUGCAAACUCCUUUUAUACAAACUCUCUGGAGACUCAUAAUGAUGUUCUGUUGUGUUGUGUGUGUAUGGAUCUUUCUGACAGAAAUUAGAAGUUCAUCUACAAAUGGAAUUGAGACGCAUGGAUACACCGGAAAACACGUCACCAUUUCAUGUCAACACAGCUGGGCUUGGAGCAACAGAAAGUAUUUCUGCAGAGAUCCAUGCGAAGAGGAAGAUAUCCUAGUAUCAUCUGAUCGGUCACCAAACGGGAGAUUCAGUCUGAAGUAUCUUGGAAAGGGAACGUCCACAGUGACCAUCACUGAUCUAAAGGAGACAGACUCUGGGAUUUACUGGUGUGGAGUGGACAGAGUUGGUGUAGACACAUAUGAGAAGGUCAAUCUGAGAGUAUCUAAAGGUAAAAUCACAGUGUUUCCAUUCACUGUAAAUAAACCGCAUCACCCCGUUCAUUUCCAAAUGAAUCGAUUUAUCCCAAACAUAGACAUAACUCAAACUCUUCCUAUAUCAACACAACAACAAGAAUCUCAAUUAGCCACAUCAAGCAGAACAUCCAGAUCUUCAACCCUUGAACACACCACACACGUACCUUCAGUGACAGUCUCAUCAGUGUCUGUAAACAUCUGGCUGUAUGCUGUUGGUGGUCUGAUCGCAAUCGUCAUACUUGUUUGUGGACCAGUUGCUGUUUGUCACUACAAGAAGUUAGUCAAGACAGCAGAGGGUCUUGUUCCAGUGACAACAGUCUACCACAAUGAAGAUGCAGUUGAAGAGGAUACCAACCUAUAUGAAAAUGAUGAUCAAGACACACGGAACAGCAAAAAGAUGAAAUCUAAGAUGUUGGAGUCUGAAGUCCUGAAGAGCCAAUCACAUUCAGUCUAUGAGAAUGUGGAGCUCAAGCCGGGCCAGUCACAUCUUCACCAGCAGCUGAUGCUUAAAGAGGCACGACAUUACCCACAGAGAUAUGAGAUUACGGAGGACACAAGCAAGCGUUUACUAUUGAACGCUUUCAGCUCUCACGAGGCCCAUCCUCACCGAUCAAUUCCGAAGACUCAACUUAAACUCAUGGAAAUAAGAGGAUUACUGCUUAAAAUGAGGUUCUACUGCGUUCUCUCGUUCUGGAUAUUUCUGUCAGAAGUCAAGACGUCUUCUUCUGAGGAGCUUUUCUUCGACGGACGUACGGGAAAAGUCAUCAUCAUUUCAUGCCAUCAUGUUUUUGCCAAGAACAACAGAAAGUAUUUCUGCAGAGACCCAUGUAAAUACAGAGAUGUUCUAGUAUCAUCUGACCGGUCACCUAAUGGGAGAUUCACAUUGAAUGAUUCUAUGACAGGAACGUUCACAGUGUCCAUCACUGAUCUACAGGAGUCUGACUCUGGGAUUUAUUGGUGUGGAGUGGACAGAGUUGGUGUAGACACGUUUCAUAAAAUCAACCUGAGAGUACAUGAAGAAUCUGAAACACACACAGCUUCUAUACAAGAGCUGACCACACGAACAGAUUCAGUUUUCACAUCCCCAAACAGUGAGACCAGCACACACACACCACUGAAAACAGGUCUUGUCAAAGCAUCAAGUUCACCUGAUGCUUUUACUGACGAAGACGCAAAAGCAGUCCCUGUAUAUUCUGUCCUCUACGUGGUCGUGGGACUGGUUGUAAUGUUGACUGUAAUUUCAGUCGGACUGGUCUGUGUUUGUCGGUACAAAGAGAGACUCCAGACAUCAGCAAGAGGUGUGUCAAGAACGUCUACACAUGUUGACAAUGAGUUUAAUAGUGACGAGGGUCACGCUGUUUACGAGAACUAUCUUGAUGCGAGUGCCAACGCUACCAAACAGAUGCCAAAACACAAGACUAAAGACUUAGAAAGCACAGAGGAUCCGAUCUACCAGAACGUAUGUGACAACACUGGCCAUGAAGAUGGAUUCUAUACCGAUCUUUGAGUCUACAGAAAUAUGCUCUGUACAGUACAGCAGCUCAGUAACUUAAAUCUCAGGUUCGACGACAUGACAGGACCCAAAACAAUAUUCUACAUUACAUGUAAACUGAAGGUUACACAACCAUGUAUCAGUGUGCAGUUUUGCUUAUUUGUUUUUAAAUAUUAUUAGUAAAUAAGUAAGGUUAUAUAAUUAUUUACUCAGUUCUGUUAAAAAGACAUUGGAAGAUGAGCACUGCGCAUACUGUACAUAAAUGUGUUCAGUGUAUAUAUGUAUAAAAAAUGAUAAGUUACGCAAAGCACACUUUUUUUGUUCGCCCAAGUGUUAUUGGUCAAAUAAUAUCAAAUAUCCUAAUAAUCGGACAGUAUUGACACAACAAAAAGACAAUGUGAAACUCUUUUGGCAUGUUCUUCUCCAAACAACAAAGUUUCAUACUGAUAAUGCAGCAAGUGUUUGUGUCAAACCAAACAUACCAUCAGUUACUCUAGACAAGUUUCAUCGCUGUUUUCUAUAUUAUAUUUAAAAUUAUAUCAUAAACCUUUAUUACAACAUUGAAAUAGAACUUUAUCCUCCCCGCAAUAAAAGAAAAAAGAAGAAGAAUUGUAUCCUGCCUUUUAAGCCCCAUCUGGUAAAUCUGGUGAAAGAUGGUGAGCUGCUGAAACACAACAUUAAGUGACGCUCCUGCAUU